AUGAUAGUAAUAGUAUUUAUUUUUCCGUAUAUUGGAGCACAAUCAUUGGAUGGUUGUGAUAAUUUCUGUUUGUCGAUUUUUCGUUCUAAUACAUUCAAAUGCCAAAGUGACCCAAUAUCCGUAGUAAUGUGUGAUGUUCAUGCCAAAGAUCAUUACAAAAUUUGUUUAAUUAAAUGUCAAAUUACAUUCCCACCAGAAACUAUGGUUCCAUCAACCACAAAUUUAAAUUUAUAUCAACCAAGUAUAUUUGAUUAA